CGCUUUUCCCCUGUUUCGCGAACCCUAGACAGUUCAAUUCAAUCUCCCUCUCUUUCUCUCUCCUAGGGUUCCGUUUUCUACAACUUUCUCGCGGUUUCGGGCUCUCUGUGAGCGGUAAUGGAGUUCGGAGGAGGUGGCCGGAAGAGAGGCAGGCCGGAAGCUGGGCACUUUAAUGGCAAUGGCGGCUUCAAGAAAUCCAAGCCAGAAAUGGAGUCCUUUCAACCUGGUAUAGGAAGCAAAUCGAAGCCAUGCACAAAGUUUUUCAGCACUUCUGGGUGCCCUUUUGGUGAGGGAUGUCAUUUCUUGCAUUAUGUUCCUGGUGGCAUCAAAGCGGUGUCUCAGAUGACUGGUAGCAACCCAACUCAUCCUCCUCCUCCUAGAAAUUCAGCAGCCCCACCAUCAUUUCCAGAUGGUUCAUCUCCUCCAACUGUCAAGACACGGUUGUGUAACAAGUACAACACAGUUGAAGGUUGCAAGUUCGGGGAUAAAUGCCAUUUUGCACAUGGUGACUGGGAGCUUGGUAGGCCCACUGCUCAAUCCUAUGAAGAUCCUCGUACAGGGGGAGGAUUUCCGGGCAGGAUGGGAGGUCGGAUGGAGCCUCCCCCGCCAGCACAUGGAGCUGUAGCAAGUUUUGGGGCCACAGCCACAGCUAAGAUCAGUGUUGACGCUUCACUUGCUGGAGCCAUAAUUGGGAAAAACGGUGUGCACUCAAAGCAAAUUUGUCGUGUGACUGGAGCGAAGCUUUCUAUAAGAGAGCAUGAAACAGAUCAUAAGCUGAGGAACAUUGAGCUUGAGGGAACCUUGGACCAGAUUAAAGACGCAAGUGCCAUGGUUCGUGAGCUUAUUGGGAACGUGAGUUCAGGUGCUGGAGCUCACAACAUGAGGAACCCUGCUAUAUCAGCCUCAUCUGCGGCAAGCAACUUCAAGACUAAGCUUUGUGAGAACUUUACUAAAGGUACAUGCACCUUUGGGGAUAGGUGCCACUUUGCACAUGGACAAGAAGAGUUGCGCAGGUCGGGGAUGUGAUUUCUUUCAAUACCUCUUUCGUGUUCUCUUACCGUUCUGUUGUAGGAUACACUUAUUACAGCAUUAAUUUUGUGUUUGUUAAAUUUUUCCAAGAAUGCAGCUUCCUUAGUUUUCUAGGGUUUAAUAUUCGGAAAAUUUAGUAGUUUUUCCACCCGUCUUUCGGAGUCAAGUUGAGAUCUCUUGGUUGAACUAAUCUAGUGAAUAGUGAUAAGAACAGGCCGCCAGUUAGCAUCUGCAGUGGCAAAUGCUAAUCCUGGCUGCUUGAAUGUGUUCAUUUUGUUUUUAUCAGAUUAAAGGAAAAUGAGAUGUUGAUUUUGUGCUCACA